AUGAGCAAUCCUUCCAUACACCAUCACAUCGGCCAGAGUGAGAAAAACUAUGAUGAUAUUGGUUUCUACCUACAUGCUAGAGAUGGUGACCCAGCCAUGAAGAAUUAUUUUUUACGCCUGCAAGAACAUCUUCUCUGUCGUAUCCAAGAGUCUCAAUCUGCUCAAGAUGCAGAAGGAGAUAUCAAGAAUGUUCUCUUCAAGCGAAAUCACAUUUACCACCAUCACAUAGCUAGAAUCAAUUAUACAACCUACAACACUAGGAGGGAUCAAGACGUCAUUAACCCUAAAACGUGGCACUGCAACAUCAUGGUCCUCAGCGACUGCGGUGAACCUAGAACCCACUAUCGCUAUGCCAAGGUAUUAGGUAUUCACCAUGUCAACGUUGUUUACAUUGGUGGUCUCUAUCAUGGUCGCAGGCUCCUGUGA